GUCAACAAUUCAUUGAAAUUCUAGAUCCACAGAAAUUCAUCCACAGCUCAACCCACCACAACCACAACCAUGAACGCCACCCAACCCCUCCUCGACUGGAUAGCUGCGCACCCCUACCAAACCGCCUUCCAUGUCGUAAACGGCGUAAUCCUUCUCACACCCGCCGCCGCCACGAUCCCCUUCUUCAGUGCCUUGGGAUUGAGUGCUGGAGGUCCUGUUGCAGGCUCCACAGCAGCAACAAUCAUGAGCUACUUUGGCUGUGUACCUGCAGGCGGUAUCAUUGCCACGGCGCAGAGUGCGGCUAUGGGGGGUUAUGGGGCUAGUAUUGCAGCUGGAGCGGCACAGGGGGCAGCGCUGUUUACUUCAGGUGCGGCUUGGUUGAUGGGCAGGAAUGGAACGACUUGAUGGACUGGAACAGAGAAGGAAUGAGCCCUAGAGAUGGGGGAUUGGGGAAAAGGAGUUGGGAUUAUGGUGUCAGCAGGGCGGGCUUUGUCGGAUAAGACCAAUGAUGGUGUUACCGAGGCUCGGUUGCUGCUGCUGCUUCCUUCACACCCCAGCCAUCUCACGUUUCCAAAAUCAAUGACAAAGACACGCGUAGACUUUCUUGUUUGACUUAUCAGUUCGGCGCCCCGCAUCUGCCUAGAUUCAAAAUCACAAAAACCUCAAAAA